GAUUGCACGGACCGUUUUGUCGUUUUUCCUGCGGCACAAUGACGCAGAUCAAGCUGAAAUGGAACAAGGAGGAGUUCGAUGUGACCAUCGAGGAAGGCUCCACCGUGGAGGUCUUCAAAACGCAGGUCUGGACCCUGACGCAGGUGCCCAUAGAUCGACAGAAGUACCUGGGCUUUCCCGGAGGCAUGCUCAAGGACUCGGAUGACCUCAUGGCCAAGGUAGCGAAGAUGAAACCCGGGGCAAAGGUCACCUUGAUGGGCACGCCCGAGGGCAAGGAGCUGAAGAGCCCCGAGGAGAAGACCGUCUUCGAGGAGGAUUUGUCCCCCGAGGAGAAGGCGAAGAUCCUCAAGGAGAAGAAGGUGGAGAUACCGCCUGCUGGCAUCAAGAACUUGGGCAACACAUGCUACAUGAAUGCUACACUUCAGUGCUUGCACAACGUGCCGGACCUGAAAAAUGCUCUAGACACGUACCAGCCUCCUACUGCUGAGGCCCGCGACAUUGAUGCAGUGCUCACCUCCCAGCUGCGCACGGUGAACACGCAGCUCACGUCCACCACGGAGUCCAUCGUGCCCAUGCAAUUCGUGAUGGCCCUGCGCCAGCGCUUCCCCAGGUUUGCAGAGAUGCAGAACGGCGGGUACAUGCAGCAGGACGCAGACGAGUGCUUGAGAGGGCUGCUGACUACUUUGUCCACCACGCUGAAAGGAUCGAGCGAAGCUUCCAACAGGGUGGACGAGCUCUUUGGGUACACGCUGAAGUCCACCUUGAAGUGCCUGGAAUGCGACGAAGAGCCGCCGCAGGAGAGCGAGGAGCUGAGCCGAGUGAUGCUGUGCCACCUGGGCACGCAGACGGAGCCGGUGUCCCACAUCACCCAAGGGG